AUGGGGCCAAAAAAAUUACCCAAGGCCAUGCCGCGAAAUUCGGCCUCCUCGGCCUCCAGCGCGCCGAAGCCUGCAGACCAAUCAGUUUGGGAGCGCGUGGGCAUUCCUAAGCCGCCUGAGCCCCUCGUGCCUCCACCACAUGUGGCAAGUCACAAUGACUAUGGUGCAAAUGCAUAUGGGCAUUGGGGAGAUGAUGGGUGGUAUGGAGCUUCGAUGGAACAGGCUAUGCAUGCUGCUGCGGUAAUGCAACACCAAUGGCAUGCCGCUCACCAGGCCCAGCGAAAGGCGCAAAACGCUGCGAAAGCUGCAAAGCAAGCGCUGGCGAGUUUCCAGAAACUACAGCAGGACAUGGCGACUGCUGGAAACACCCAGGCGGCAAAUUUCUUGAUGCGGCAGAAGAUGACCGGCAAGGCGCUCAUUGGGGGACUGCAUUCAGCCAUUCCAGUCACUCAAGCCCCUGAUGAUGGCGAAGAGUUUUAUGAAACCACAACCGUUCAACCGGAGCCUGUCGCUCGCGAACAUGGCGUUCAUGUCGCAGACAUGGAUGAUUAUCAACACACCUUGCAACUCGAGGGGGAUGGCUUCGAAGUUGAUGAUGAUGGCAACCUUUAUGAAGAGCCAGAUCACGAGCAUGACCAUGGAGACAUGCAGCAGCUUGAUGACAAGACGAUUUUCCCAGAUGACCAGCCCGAUGAAGUUGAAUGGGACCAUGAGGAUGAUGAACUUCAAGGUCAUCAUUUUGAUGACGGUGAUGAUGAAAAGCGCGUGCAGUUGCCUGGCAUUGACGUGCCAAGUGGCGCGCGUAAGAAGCGUCGCACAGCCUGA